CUUAACAACAAAAAUAAAUUUGUUUUAAAGGCGAGACUUGAACACCCUAUUUAGUAAUAAAGUGAUGGAUUAACAGCUUGAAGUGAUUUAAAAUAAAAGUGUAAUAUAUAACGGCCUUUAAGUAUUAAUAUAGACAAGAUAUCUUUAAAAGACAGCCACCCAAAGAACAUUUUCUCACGUGCUGGGCAAAUCUCAUGUAAGCGCUGCACAUAGCUCAAUGUGUAGGGUAUUUAUAUUGUGUAUUUAGUAUAGAAUGUAGUCCAACAACAAUCGCCAGUGAAUAAUAAUUGUGCUAACGAUUAUUUCUACACAAAAGCCAACUUUUUACAUGUGUAUUUUCACGGUUAAAGUUCACGUCGCCCAAGGCCUGCAUCCCCGAUUAGAUUCCGAUUUUUAGGAUCAGAUCAGCAGCACUAAUCUUAUCCAGCCGCGGAGCACUCGAACCUGACCACAGAGCGCAAUUCGAAUUCCCCCAGCAAUCAGUCAGUGCGCGUUAUUCACCGAAGAAAGACGCCUUGGGGUGCCUCAUUAAUCCACAACUCAGAACUUGUUUACGUGACUUGAUCACUUGAAUACCUGAUUACUGCGUCAAGAUGCCAGCCAAGAAAGUGAAUCCCGACCUGCAGAAGGAGCGCAACACGGCCACCUUCAAUCCCCGGGAGUUCUCCGUCCUGUGGGCGGGCGGCGAGGAGCAGUACAAGGAGAAGAAGACCCUGGAGAAGCUGUUUUUGGAAGAUCCUGCCCUUCAGGAUGACCUGCCCAUCUCCUAUUUGUCACACAAGGAGCUCUAUGAACACAGUCUCAGGAAAGCCUGCAUCAUUGGGGAAAAGAUCCGCAAGCUUCGUGCUGAUGGCGAGGAUGGAGUGGAUACAUACAAUGCCCUGCUUGGUGGAUCCUUGGGAGCCGCGAUUUUAAAGGAGGGCAAUCCUCUUGCCCUGCACUACGUGAUGUUUGUGCCCACCAUCAUGGGCCAAGGAACAAUGGACCAGCAGGUGGAGUGGCUGAGCAAGGCCUGGGACUGUGAAAUUAUUGGCACAUAUGCCCAGACAGAACUGGGACACGGAACUUUCCUGCGUGGUCUGGAAACCCGGGCUGACUACGAUGCCACAACCCAGGAGUUUGUGAUAAAUACUCCAUCACUUAGUGCCUACAAGUGGUGGCCAGGAGGAUUGGGACACACUGCCAACCAUGCGGUUGUGGUGGCUCAGCUCUACACCAAGGGCGAGUUCCGUGGCCUGGCCCCGUUUAUUGUCCAGCUGAGGGAUUCCGACACACACAGCCCAAUGCCCGGAAUUGAUAUUGGCGAUAUUGGUACCAAGCUGGGCAUGAAGGGCGUGAACAAUGGCUACCUGGGACUGAAGAACGUUCGUGUGCCUUUGAACAACAUGCUGAUGAAGAACCAGCAGGUUCUGCCUGAUGGCACCUAUGUGGCGCCCAAGAACAGUGUACUCACCUACGGAACUAUGAUGUUUGUACGUUGUGCUCUUAUCCGUGAUACCGCUCAGAGCUUGGCAAAGGCAUCCACCAUUGCCACUCGGUACUCGGCUGUCCGUCGUCAGAGUCCCAUUGAUCCAAACCAGCCGGAGCCACAGAUCAUGGACCACACCACACAGCAGCUAAAGGUAUUCCCCCAGAUAGCUAAGUCCAUUGUGUUCAAGACCACGGGUGAUGGUAUCUGGAACAUGUACAACGUGAUUUCUGGCGAGAUUGAGCAGGGCAACCUGGACCGUCUGCCCGAGAUGCAUGCACUGUCCUGCUGCCUGAAGGCCAUUUGCAGCGCUGAUGCCACCGCGGGCGUGGAAACAUGUCGUCUGUCUUGUGGUGGACAUGGUUACAUGGACUGCUCCAACUUCCCCACUAUUUACGGCAUGACUACGGCUGUUUGCACUUAUGAGGGGGAGAACACUGUGAUGCUUCUGCAGACUGCCCGCUACCUGGUAAAGGUUUAUGGUCAGGCUCUGAACGGAGAAAAGCUGGUGCCCACUGUUUCCUACAUUAAUGAUGCAGUCAACCAAAAGAAGUUCGUUAACUUUGAUGGAUCACUGGAGUCUAUUGUAAAGGCAUUCCAGUUCGUGGCCGCCAACAAAACCCGGAUUGCCUAUGAGCAGAUUGAACUGCGUCGCAAGCAAGGGCAUGGAACUGAGGUGGCAGCCAAUCUGUGUGGCACAUUCUUGACAGCGGCGGCAGAUCUACAUGGACGUGCCUUCCUGGCCCAGACUGCAUACACGGAACUGUUCGCCCUGUCCCGCAAUGUCUCGCCCGCCCUGGCUGAUGUCCUGAAGGUUGUGCUGGAGCUGUAUCUGGUGGACGCCUGCCUCAACCGUAUUGGCGACUUCUUGCGGUUCAUUGAUCUGACUGAUCAAGACGUCACGCAACUGGAGGUUCGCCUAGAAAAUUGCUUGAAGCGACUUCGUCCAAAUGCCGUCACACUGGUGGACAGCUUCGAUCUGCACGAUCGCGUACUUGAUUCCGCCCUGGGUGCCUACGAUGGCAACGUGUACGAACACAUCUUCGAGUCCACGAAGAAAAAUCCGCUGAACAAGGAGCCCGUGAACGCAGCAUUCCACAAGUACUUGAAGCCAUUCAUGAAGGCACACCUUUAGAUUCAAACUUAUUCCUCGGAAAGAGUUUUGUUAUAAUUGUAAAUAUACCUAUAUGUUUGUAUUGUUUUUGUAUUUUACAACUGUUCUGCUUAGCAAUUGGUCUAAAAGACAAUAUUGAUGUGCAUUAAUGAUGUCAUUGCUUGCGCAGUUGAAACUAGGCUGUAAAAUUAUACACAAAUAAAUUCUUCAAGAAAUAA